CAGAAAAGAGUGUUCUACAUUUUUCACUAAAGUCAACAAAGGAAACGUUUAACUAUAAUAACAUAAAAAAAAAUCCAAAAAAUAAGUAUAAAAUCAUCAUCAGUUCUGCAGAAUUCAGUACAUACCUGUGGCUAGGAUCCAUUUCAGAGUAUUUUCUUUCGAUAUCCAGUGAUUAUCAUGAAAUUAGUAGCUAAUAUCGCAAUAUUAAUUAUGUUGGUUUGUACUCAUGAAGUAUCAGGAAAUCCGGGAUCAAUGCAGAAAGUAACCGUAAAUGUUUCAACGAAUCCAGUUCCGAUACGUAACACCCUUUAUGUACCAUUAGUAGCCGAAUUAGAUGCUAACGCCAUAAACGCAGAGAUCAAAGUUUACAUUGAACGAGAGAUAGCAAACGGUGUAAAGAUUGCCAUGGAAGAAUUGGCUGCUAGCAGUGUCAACAAGAAAGUGGACGAGGCUACUGCAAAAUUAGGAGGAAUUAUACAAGAGAAGUGUGUUGAGGCCAAUUCUGAAAUUCAAGAAAACAUUGGUACUACGUACGUUCAAUGGGGAAGAACCAACUGCACUGCAGAUGACACCAAGACAGUAUACUCAGGAUUUGUCGGCGGUUCAUCUUACACCAAAUCCGGAUCAGCUGUCGACUAUCUUUGUCUAAUCAACGAUCCGCAGUGGGGGAUUUACGAUUCAAAGGUUAACGCUAAUCCUUUCAUCGGAGGGGCAUUGUUUCAUUCGCAUGAUAUAAAUGUUCCCAAUUCUCUGUUUGACAAAGAUAUGUAUGAUCAUCAUAGAGUUCCUUGUUCAGUCUGCCAAAAGAUGAAGAAAGCUUCUACAAUUAUGAUCCCGGCACGAAAAGAUUGUUAUGGCAACUUGGUUAAGGAAUAUGAUGGAUAUUUAUAUGCAGGUUAUCCUGAUCACGAGGCAGCGUCUGAAUAUAUAUGUCUAGACAAGACACCAGAGGCACUGGAUAAAUCACAUUCAGACUGGACUGAUAAGAAGCUGUUGUAUCCUGUAAGGGUAAAUUGCAACGGAGCAAUACCGUGUCCACCGUAUGUAGACGGAAGAGAGGUUACGUGUGUUGUUUGUUCUAGUUAAAAUGAUAAAU